GCAGUAGAAGCCUCACCAGAACCACUCGCUACCGAAGCUUGGCACGGAGAAGACCCCCCAGUGGAUGAAGAUGCCAAACUUGGCUUGGUCGUACCACUCCGGCAGUGGCCUGGAGUCGAUGGACUCCCAGUUGGAGAAAUUGACAGCACCGCCCCUUUGGGACACUCGGCGUUAAAUCUGGUGCGUGAGAAUUGCGGCGCAUGCGCACUCUGGAUAGCUACCCGGAUAUUUUGCUACCAACAUGCAUGGCUUCCUCGAUUGCCACUGUCACAUCUCUGCGGCAGAUUUUGACAAGGACAUAGAAACUGUUAUUGAGCACUCUAAACAGGCUGGACUGUUAGCAUUGUUAGCCGUAGCCGAGCAUGCAGGGGAAUUUGACAAGAUCAUUGCGUUGUCGAAGAGGUUCCCAGGGUUUGUGUUGCCCUGCCUGGGAGUCCAUCCCGUUCAGGAAGUAUCUUCAGACCAACACAGAAGUGCUUCCCUACAGGACCUAGAUGCAGCGCUUCCUCUCAUCGACAAAUACAAAGACCAGCUCGUGGCCAUUGGAGAGGUCGGUUUGGAUUUUACACCCAGGUAUGUGAAGAGCGAGUCCGACAAAGAGAGCCAAAGAGAGGUUCUGAUCCGCCAGGCGCGUCUAGCCAAAGAGCUGGACCUCCCUCUAAAUGUUCACUCGCGUUCGGCAGGUAGACCCACUAUCCAGCUCUUGAAAGAGCAAGGUGUGGAAAAAGUUCUCCUUCACGCCUUUGAUGGGAAGCCAUCAGUGGCCAUGGAGGGGGUGAAGGCGGGAUACUUCUUCUCCAUCCCGCCGUCCAUCGUACGCAGCGAGCAAGUGCGUGUCCUUACAAUACACUCAUUUCGGGAAAGUUUCCCAUCAAUUUCAGAAGCAGAAACUUGUGAAACAGUUGCCUCUAGAGAAUAUGUGCCUGGAAACGGACUCGCCCGCACUCGGCCCAGAGAAGCAGGUGAGAAACGAGCCCAAGAACAUCAUUGUUGCGGCCGAGUAUAUCAGCGUCGUUAAAGGCGUAUCGGUGGAGGAGGUGAUGCAGGUGACCACGAGGAACGCAUUCCGGCUCUUUCCCAAGUUAAAGUCAGCCAUCAAAUUGUGAUACUGGAUAAUUGAGUCAGAUAAUCAAGAAGUCAGUUGGAUGCACAAGUGACUGUACCUUGCACUCUUCCAAAAGUGUAUAAUAGAAUCAAAUGUGUUUUAAAGGCCAUUUUUGUCAUUUUGGUAGAGAUAUAUCGACCUAGAUAUAUCUAGGACCACACAACAAUGAUUUAAUGUUUGAAAUAUCUUUAUUUUGAACUCUUUGAAAAAGACAAUUACCUAGAACAGUCAUAGAAAAAUGUGAACAUUGUGAACAUCCAUUGUGUGCUUGUGUGAAAAACAUGUUUUUUAGGAAUGCCUAGAAUAUGAAUAGAUAACAUCUUUUCAUUAUAAAGAUAUUUAAAAAAAAAAAAAAAAAAAA